GUGCCACGAUGAGCCGCUAGUCGGAAGGAAGUGUCGGCACGACACGACGCACGCGGCACUCGGCACUCGGCGUGACGCACGGCCACCAUGAACGACCCGGAGCGCGAGCAGCGCGACAACGCCACCUGCGCGCAGCUGCUCAACAACACCGUGCCGCCGCCCGGUCUGUACUGCCCGGGCACGUUUGACACGUGGGCGUGCUGGCCUCCAACGCGCGCAGGCGCUGUGGCGCGCGUACCGUGCCCCGGCUUCGUGCCCGGCUUCAGCACCGACCUGUUGGCGCACAAGCAGUGCACGAGCAACGGCACGUGGUGGCUGCACCCCAACACCGGCAAGCCGUGGUCCAACUACACCACCUGCAUCAAGCCCGAGGAUGACAUGAGCGACAUCAUCGCGGUCUACGAGGCCGGGUACUCCGUCUCGCUCGUCGCGCUGCUCCUCUCGCUCGCUAUCCUCGCCUACUUCAGGAGUUUGCGGUGCGCGCGCAUCACAGUGCAUAUGAACCUGUUCGCGUCGUUCGCGCUCAACAACGUGCUCUGGCUGUUAUGGUACGAGCUGGUGGUGGGUGCGCCCGCCACGCUAGCCGUGUCACCCGCUUGGUGUCGCGCGCUAAACGCCGCGCUGCAGUACGCACUGCUGACCAACUACACGUGGAUGCUGUGCGAGGGGCUCUACCUGCACACAGUGCUGGUAGCGGCCUUCGUGUCCGAGCGCCGCCUGCUGCGCGCGCUGCUGGCGCUCGGCUGGUUGCUGCCGCUGCCCUCUACUAUCAUCUACGCAGCGCGCCGUGCCGCCGCCGACGACCCUAUGUGCUGGUCGGACGACGGCGCACCGCCGCUCGAGCUGGCCGUGCUCGUUAGCGUGGCCGUGCUCCUGAACCUCGGCUUUCUGUGCAACAUCGUACGCGUGCUGUGCACAAAGCUACGCGCGGGCGGUGGCGCGGGUGGCGCGGCGGCGGGCGCGGCGCAGCCCACGGCCACGGCGCUACACGCGCUGCGCGCCACGUGCCUGUUAGCACCGCUGCUGGGUCUGCAGUACUUACUGAUGCCGUACAAGCCAGAUCCGAGCGCCAGCUGGUGGCGCCUGUACGAGUACGUGUCCGCGCUGAGCUCCUCGCUGCAGGGGCUGUGCGUGGCCGUGCUGUACUGCUUCUGCAACGGCGAGGUGCUGGCGCAGCUGCGGCGGCGCUGGCGCGUGCUGACGUUCCGCCCGCGCGCAAACUCCACCACCAACACCACAGUCAGCGUGAGUACCCCGAAGCGCGCGCGUCUGCUCCGCGCCGCCCGCCCCGAGGCUGACCAUGUGCGUGUGUUGCAGUUUGUGCGGUCGACGGCGCCGGGCGCCGGCGAGGACAAGGUGUGACUGGCGGCGCGCGGCGCGGGAGGCGCUCUCGACGCCGCCGAGGACGCCGACGCCGAGGCCGAGCGCCGCCGCGCCGACUCGCGCCACAUCCGCUUCGAGUGCGUGGACAGCGACGACGACGCGCCGCCGCACACGCGCCUGCUGUAGGCGUCCGCCUCCGCUCCCACCCCCGCGCCCGCGCCUGCGCCCUCUUCUGCAUGACAUUGAGUGCUCUGUGUGGUGUGAUGACUGAUUCUAACUCUCUUCUUGCAUGUUUUGUAGUGGCCUAAUCUUAACCGAGUUGUGGGAACUCUGUUACAUGUUGUAUAGAAUUAUAUGAGGUUAAACGAUUACGAUACAACGCAACUAGUAAGGUCGUCGAUGUCGUGGUAGUGUACAUAAAGUUGUAAAUAGCAAAGGGAAAAGGAAACGCUAAAGGCCCGCGACUCGCGUCCGGGUCGGUGUACAGUCACUAACGUACGUGUACACGCGUACAUCUUUUGUAAGUUUAAUAUAUAAAUAUGAUUAUAUAUACAGUGUUACACGA